GCUCAGCCUGCAGAGGAAAGUGAAAGUGAAAGUUUUCACUUUCUCAGUGUUUCAUCCAUUUAUUCUAGUUCCACCGCUUUCUAACUGCCUGUUGUGUUUAAGUUAAACUUCAGUGUUUUUAUGUCCCGACGAAACAUUUUCCACUUAGAAACGUGAAUGAAUCUAAAUUUCGGACGGAGACCGAACCAACCAGGAGAUGGAUUCUUCUCUGACUGCGUCUCUGCUGCUGCUGUCUGUGGUCUUCAUGCAGUUUGUCUCUGCUGCAGAUCAGAACAACACGACAAUCAAAGCUGAACCUGGACAGAACGUCAUUCUGACAUGUAAAGAUCCUGAUCAGGGGAAAAUCACAAUCGCAGAGUGGAAGAGAACUGAUCUGGGGACAGAAUAUGUCCUCCUGUACAAAGAUAAUCAACUUGAUCCAGGAGCCCAGCAUCCAUCUUACAGGGACCGAGUUGAUCUGCUGUGUAAUCAGUUGAGGAGAGGAGACGUGUCUCUGAUUCUGAAGAACACAACGACUAAUGACAGCGGGACGUAUGAAUGUCGAAUUGAUACAGAAAAACAUGUGGGGGAACUGAUCAGCACCAUCAGCCUCCAGGUUUCUCCUCCUCCUCCUCCUCCUCCUCCAGAACCGUUUCCAGUCUGGGCCAAAGUUCUACUGGUUCUACUGGUUCUGGCUCUGGUUCUGGUUGCUGCUGCAGGAGUUUCAUUUUAUUUCUGGCUCCGCUGGAAACCAGGGUCUGCUCUCCUCCAGAGUAGGACUGAAGCAGCUGAGGCAAUGUGGGUCUCAGCAGGACCUGUCCUCAAACUUGAGGACAAGCUUGUCCUCAAACUUGAGGACAAGUUUGUCCUCAAGCUGUCUCUCUGUCAGCUUGAGGACAAACAGAACCUAAAGAGUCG